CGGCACCCCAGCCUGGCGCGUGCCGACUCGCCGCCGCUCUCCGCCUACUACCGUGGCAGAGAGGAAGCGUGAUUCGUAGGAAGUAUUUAAGAGCACCACUACACAGGGUCUAACACCAGUGUGCAGUGGUCAGCCGAGGAAACAGCAGCAUACCUUCCACCACCACAAUCUACACUACUACCACCACCACCACAACUUUCUACCACUACUACCUUUAAUCACCUCUACUCCAAGACCCACUCUUCAAGAUGAAGGAAGUUCUCAUAACCAUCGUAACCCUGGCGGUCGUGGCGACAGCACAUGCAUCGCCAGGAGGCAUCGACGCCUAUGGCAACGGUGUAGGCGGGGGGUUCGUCGGCGCCUCUGUAGGGUAUGGCUACGAUGGCAACCACGGAGGGGAAGGGGGCUACGCCGGCAACUACGGUGGACAGGGCUACGGUGGCGCCUACGGUGGCUUCGGAGGCUAUGGAGGGGGUAACUACGGUGGGGGUUACGGUGGCGGCUACGGUGGUGGAGGCUUCGGUGCUUACGGUGGCAGUAUCGUAGGCAGUCGCGGAAACGGAAUUGGUUACGGUAAAGGCCGAUGAAGCAAAUAAGUUCUCACUACUGGACGCUCACAAUGAUAUAAACAUCACAGUCACAGCGAAAUAAACAUUAAACUCAUGAAGAUAUAAUAAGCAUCACGUCCACCACUGAAGACAUAUUGCGCUCACAAUAAAGUAAACAUUAUUUAAAAAUCCACUCAGAUGUGUAGUGUGUGUGUGAAUCUUACUGAGACUUGGCUGGGUAACUGUUGAAAUAAACGAAGUUUGAAGGGAAUAUUCUAGUGUAUCUUUUAUUCGCCUGGGGACGCAAUGUAAAGCUGCUGGCAGAAUCAAGGAUCAAAGUAAAGUUGUUGACAGAAUCAACCUCCAAAUGGACAUGGUAGUCUUUCGAAUAAUUUUUGUCACAUUACUUUUGGGAAAAGCCAACUCGUUCCAUAUACCAAGGGUCUUCUUGUGAAGUCCUGUUCAUAUGUUUGGCUUUGAUACCCGUAUCCUUCAUUCCGAUGUCCUUGGCUCUUCUCUGACAUCCAUAUGUCUUGUAUCGUAAUAUCUCUUCCUCCCUAACCCAUAUCUCUGGCUCCACCAUCUAUAUAUCUGGCUCCACCAUCUCUUAAUCUGGCUCCACCAUCUCUUAAUCUGGCUCCACCAUCUCUUAAUCUGGCUCCACCAUCUCUUAAUCUGGCUCCACCAUCUAUAUAUGGUUUCACUAACAAUGUCAUGAUCCACUAUAUAUUUCUGGCUCCAGUUUCCAUAUCUCUGGUUCAGAUAUCUGUCCCCACUAACCAUAUCUCAAUCUCGGCUACCAUAUAUCUGGCUAUAUUCGCUUCACAGUAACGAAUGACUAUCCUGAAGACCUAUUUACAUGUCUUGGUGUAUUACAUCGACUUACCAGCCCACAAAGUUAACCUAAUUGCAGCAAUCAACGGGAAGAAUCGCCUCAUAGAAUCUGCUAUGGGACAAGGGGAAAUGGCCAGCUUCUCACUCAAAAACUUGUCGACAGUGAUUGAGACCGUUUUCUUAUGAGCGAUCUUACAUCUCAAACAGCUCCCUUCGUCAAGAACAUCUUGGGCUAAGAGGGUAAUUACAGGAGGUACAAAUGAGUCCUUUAAAUACAUAACAGAAAUUUGCUGACAAGCUCGAUGGCUGUCGUGUGAAGUAUGUUCCGGUGUGUAGUGUAUCUGAGUUAUAAGUUUUCUUCUACGUCUUGGUGUCAGACAACAAAAAUUAACAUCUGUAAGAAUGGAUCACAAGAUCCAGUGGUCAUAUUUCAAAGGCCGAAUGCAUGACUUUCCUUCAACAUACCUCGACCUCCAUAUCGGAAGAAUGGGAAUGUCUAAGCCAGAAAUAACAAAUUUUUUAUCUACUGAUGGAGUAUUUCGCUACGUAUGAUCAAGUUUCUGAUCAGGGAGAACAGCUACAACAUGCAGGUCCAAGAACUGUAUCAAUGUUGACAGAGAAGAAAUCAAACAGGAACAAGCUCGUCAUAUGACUAUUGCAGGAAACAGGAAAUUUUUGUGAGACCGGAAAUAAAUGCAAAUGAAUGUUCUACAUUUUUCUAGGCAGGCUGUCAUAACACCGAGCUCUAUUUACUGCGUUAAAGAUUAAAUAAAGCGUAAACUUGACUAUGAAGAACUAUCCCGACUCCAAAAUAACACUUUCAUAGUGACGAAAAUUGUCAGUGCCCUUUUAAGCUCAUUCGUGGUCAGCCCCAACGAUCUCAAUAUUAAGUCAGGAUGACAUUGAUUACAAGGCAUUGACAAAGCUCAAACAACAAGACAAUUAAUAUAUUCAGUAAUUCUCCUAAAAAACAUGUUGUGAUCAGCUUUAUGGAUUGUCCGUGUAAUUGCGACUCUUUCAGGUUGAUUAUGUAUUAUGUGAAGUCUCCAAUGUUCCUUCGAAUCCUUCUAAUGCUAGCAUAAAUAAUACUGGAUCCCUGUACAGUAUGUCGUCCAUUGUCUAUUUUUAUAGAGUUUGUUCAGGAUGUCUUUUGUUAAGAGCGUUUGUUCAGGUGAUGUGUUAAGAUUGUUUGUUCAGAUAAUGUAUUAAGAUUGUUCAGGUAAUGAAUUAAUAUUGUUUGUUCAGGUAAUGUGUUAAUGUUGUUUGUGUAGAGGUAUUUGGUAUUAAAAUUGUUUGUGCAGUAUUAUAUCUAAAGCAAUCAUUUACCAGAACAUCUGUUCUAUGAAUUUUUUCAGAGAAUGUUCUCCCAGAAUCAUUUUUGUCAGUCUGCUUGAUUUACUGCUUGAAUCCAGGAAGAACGCUCAUGAAGAACAAGAACAUUUAACUAGAGAAAACAUGAUUCAAUAACAUACAACCCUAACCCAG